AUGACACAGCAUAUACCAGGACAACAUAUACCAAGACAGCAUAUACCAAGACAGCAUAUACCAAGACAGCAUAUACCAGGACAGCAUAUACCAGGACAGCAUAUACCAAGGCAGCAUAUACCAGGACAGCAUAUACGAGGGCAGCAUAUACGAGGGCAGCAUAUACCAGGACAACAUAUACCAAGACAGCAUAUACCACAGCAUAUACCAAGACAGCAUAUACCAAGACAGCAUAUACCAAGACAGAUAUACCAAGACAGCAUAUACCAAGACAGCAUAUACCAGGACAACAUAUACCAAGGCAGCAUAUACCAAGACAGCAUAUACCAAGACAGCAUAUACCAAGACAGCAUAUACCAAGACAGCAUAUACCAGGACAGCAUAUACCAAGACAGCAUAUACCAAGACAGCAUAUACCAAGACAGCAUAUAUCAAGACAGCAUAUACCAAGACAGCAUAUACCAAGACAGCAUAUACCAAGACAGCAUAUACCAGGACAGCAUAUACCAGGACAACAUAUACCAAGACAGCAUAUACCAAGACAGCAUAUACCAGGACAACAUAUAUCAAGACAGCAUAUACCAAGACAGCAUAUACCAAGACAGCAUAUACCAAGACAGCAUAUAUCAAGACAGCAUAUAUCAAGACAGCAUAUAUCAAGACAGCAUAUACCAAGACAGCAUAUACCAAGACAGCAUAUACCAAGACAGCAUAUACCAAGACAGCAUAUACCAAGACAGCAUAUAUCAAGACAGCAUAUAUCAAGACAGCAUAUACCAAGACAGCAUAUAUCAAGACAGCAUAUAUCAAGACAGCAUAUAUCAAGACAGCAUAUCAAGACAGCAUAUACCAAGACAGCAUAUACCAGGACAGCAUAUACCAAGACAGCAUAUAUCAAGACAGCAUAUAUCAAGACAGCAUAUACCAAGACAGCAUAUACCAAGACAGCAUAUACCAAGACAGCAUAUACCAAGACAGCAUAUAUCAAGACAGCAUAUCAAGACAGCAUAUAUCAAGACAGCAUAUACCAAGACAGCAUAUAUCAAGACAGCAUAUAUCAAGACAGCAUAUAAGACAGCAUAUACCAAGACAGCAUAUACCAAGACAGCAUAUACCAGGACAACAUAUACAAGACAGCAUAUACCAGGACAACAUAUAUCAAGACAGCAUAUACCAAGACAGAUAUAUCAAGACAGCAUAUAUCAAGACAGCAUAUACCAAGACAGCAUAUAUCAAGACAGCAUAUAUCAAGACAGCAUAUAUCAAGACAGCAUAUACCAAGACAGCAUAUACCAAGACAGCAUAUAUCAAGACAGCAUAUAUCAAGACAGCAUAUAUCAAGACAGCAUAUACCAAGACAGCAUAUACCAAGACAGCAUAUAUCAAGACAGCAUAUACGAGGGCAGCAUAUACGAGGGCAGCAUAUACCAGGACAGCAUAUACGAGGGCAGCAUAUACCAGGACAACAUAUACCAAGACAGCAUAUAUCAAGACAGCAUAUACCAAGACAGCAUAUACCAGGACAGCAUAUACCAGGACAGCAUAUACGAGGACAGCAUAUACGAGGGCAGCAUAUACCAAGACAGCAUAUACCAAGACAGCAUAUACCAAGACAGCAUAUACCAAGACAGCAUAUACCAGGACAGCAUAUACCAAGACAGCAUAUACCAAGACAGCAUAUACCAAGACAGCAUAUACCAAGACAGCAUAUACCAGGACAGCAUAUACCAAGACAGCAUAUACCAGGACAGCAUAUACCAAGACAGCAUUUGA